AUGGCGCGCAUCAUUUUGGCGUCGCUGGCGUCGGUGGCGCGCAUCGCCUGGGGCGCCGCCAGCACGCCCUUGGACUUCAGCUUCUCCCAGAGCGACACCUGGCGCCUGGUGAACGAUGCCCAGGUCACCUACGGCUGGGCCAUCGCGGAGCUGCGGGUCUUCUCCGACGCCUGCCAGAGCGAGCUGUCCCCGCGCCUGGAGGGGUCAGGGAUGCCAGGGCUGCCUGCCAGCCGCGCACAGGAUGGCCAGGUGAUCACGGAGUGGCGCUCCGGGUGUCACAUCUGCGAGGUCGGCGAGGCCUCGCUAUCUCUGCACUUCGAUGUGGAGGUGAACGUGAUGUGCCUGCAGCUCUACCAGUGGGGCGAUCGCGAUUUCGCGGCCACCGCUGUGCGCCUGCAACGCUGGGGCGAAGAACAGGCGUGGGUGGAUGUGCUUCGCGGCACGGGGAUGCAG